GUGGACUCCAUCAUUUAAACAGCUACCAAGAAAAGAAGCUAAAGAGCAUCCAUCCAUCUAUCUACUGAAACAACCAACAGGAACGCACAGAGAAACAUGCAUCUGUCUGCCAUUUCCCUCCUUGGCCUCCUCCUCAUCUUGAACAUGAGGCUGGUCAGCACAUAUCCCAUCAACACCAGCUUGACUGACACUGACAUGGACAUCUUAAAGUCGAUCCUUCACAGACUAGAAGAGUCUGUUUCAGAGCAGACUGAGGUGGACCCUGUCCAGAGGAAUAGUCUGAACAUCCUCAACAUAGAGGAGGAUGCAAAUGAACAUCAGCUCCCAACUGGUUUGGAUGAGGUGGCAAUCAGGGACUUUCUCUCAGCCAAGAACCUGAAGAACGUCCGCAAUGACUCGUCCAGGAGAUCCUCUGGUUGCUUUGGUCGACGUAUGGACAGAAUAGGCUCAAUGAGCUCUCUUGGGUGCAACACUGUCGGCAAAUACAAUCCAAAGUAAAGAUGAAGUCUUACCACCCAAAUUCUGGAACUGCAAUGUCUCUACCAAAUGAUAUUUUUAUUUGAAUGCUAUUUAUUUGCUAAUAUUUAUUAAAUAUUGUUUGUGGCUUAUAAGUAUAUUUUUGAAACUGAUGUAAGACUGUUCUUUAUGUACUGUUGAGUUUUAAUAAAUGUUUACAA